AUGGAGCCAGAUGCCUGGGGAAACAGCACAGCUGUUAAUGAAUUCAUCCUUCUUGGCCUAACAGGAAACAUUCGACUGCAACUUGUCUUUUUCGUUGUCUUUUUCUUUGCCUAUGCAAUCACAGUUGGCGGUAACUUUAGCAUCUUGGCUGCCAUCUUUAUGGAGCCCAAACUCCACACUCCCAUGUACUACUUUCUCGGGAAUUUAUCUCUGCUGGACAUCGGAUGUAUCACUGUCACCGUUCCACCAAUGCUAUCCUGUCUCCUGACCCACCCGUGCAGAUUUCCCUAUGCUGCCUGCAUUUUGCAGCUCUUCUUUUUCCACCUCUUAGCUGGUGUGGACUGUCAUCUCUUGACAGCCAUGGCCUAUGACCGCUACCUAGCUAUCUGCCAGCCUCUCACCUAUAGCACCCGGAUGAGCCGUGAAGUCCAGGGUGCCCUGGUGGGCAUUUGUUGCACUAUCUCCUUCAUCAAUGCUUUGACUCACACAGUGGCUGUGUCUGUGCUGAACUUCUGUGGCCCUAAUGUAGUCAACCACUUCUACUGUGAUCUCCCACCUCUUUUCCAGCUCUCCUGCUCCAGCAUCCACCUCAAUGGGCAGCUACUUUUUGUGGGAGCCACCUUCAUGGGAGUAGUCCCCGUAAUCCUUAUCUCAGUGUCCUACGCCCAUGUUGCUGCUGCAGUACUAAGGAUCCGCUCUGCAGAGGGGAGGAAGAAGGCAUUUUCCACAUGUGGUUCCCACCUCACUGUGGUCUGUAUGUUUUAUGGAACCGGCUUCUUCAGUUAUAUGCGUCUGGAUUCAGUCUCAGCUUCAGACAAAGACAAGGGCCUUGGAAUUUUCAAUACUAUCCUCAGCCCCAUGCUGAAUCCACUCAUCUACAGCCUCCGGAACCCUGAUGUGCAGGGCGCCCUGAAGAGGGUGCUGACAGGAAAGAGGCAUCCAGUGUGA